CAUCUCAUCUUUACUUCCAGUCUUUUCAUUGCAUUCCAUUUACUCUAGAAUCACGCUCUCGAGACACUAAGCAAACACAGUGUAUAGACGACAAAGCAAAAAGUCAUUAUGGAUACUAAUCCUCAGCUAAUCAGGAGAACACACUCGCCCUUCGUCGCUGCUGCUGCUGCCGCCGCACCCUCAGAGAGUCAUCAUUUACAAUCUCAUCUAACUCCAAUGGCUGGCCAAGGCAUAAGACCAACAGGGAUGAGUGCAUCUUCAUUAGGAUUCGACAAUAGUCUUAAUAGUGGUAAUAGUCUUGUGCAGCUCAAGAAGCCUUUGAGUGGAGCAGGGACACAUAGUCAUGUCCAUGGAUCGCAUACUCAGCAUCAAGAUGGUAAUCAAGAUCAUGGCCAUAUUUCAAGAAUAGGUCAUGCGGGCGGGGCCCACAUUGGUGUACCAACUGAGCACCCCCAUGUACACCAUAGUCACCAACACCAUCAAUAUCAUCAAAUCUCAUCAGAAUCGCACCAGCAUGAAUCUCAUCACUCUCAUCAGACUCCAACCUUUCAUCAGAAUCAUCACCAUCACCAUCACCAUGAUAACCAAGGACACGAACACGGCCAUGAGCACGGACACGGCCACGGCCAUGGACACGAUCACAGUCAAAAUCAUAACCAUAGCCACAGCCAUAGUCAUGGACAUGGACAUGGCCAUGACCACGCUCAUCAUCACCACAGCCAUGAUCAUGGACAUGAUCAUCACCUUCAUCACCACUAUCCUGUUAGUUUUCGAUCUCAAUUGCCUACAUAUGGACAGAUUUUUGGAGACCUUUUGCCCAAACAAAAGACAAUGUUUACUUGGGUCUUGAUCCAUUUGUCAAUCGCUAUCAUGACAUGGGUCUCCGGAAUGGGAGCUGGCUCCUUAUCAAUUAUCGGAUUGGCCUAUAUGAUGCUUUUUGAUGCUUUUGGCGUUCUCAAUAUAUUUGCGUCAAGUGUCGUCCAUAUGAAUAUAAAAAUGAAAAAGUCUACUGUGAAGCAUCCCUUUGGAGUGCAACGCUUCGAAAUCCUAUUUGGGCUAUUCAAUGCUAUCUUCUUGAUGUUCAUCGGCAUGAACAUGCUCAAAGAAAGUUUGGAGCAUCUCAUGCUCGAAGACGAUCAUCAUAAUGGAGCUAUCGUGCGAGUGCCUUUAUUUUGGGCAAUGGUCGGCUUGUGCGCCACAUUAGUGUCUUCAUUAGGAUAUCAAAACCAUAAACAGUUUUGCCUUUUAUUAGACUCCAAUUCUCUCACAUCGACACAGGCAGCUUUUAGUCGCUCUAGUGCGUCAAAGGCAGCCCUUUUGAUGAAUAACCAAUUCACACUUACCAGCUUGGCUUGUGUCGGAGGAGUGGUCCUUGUGGCUAUGUUUCCACAUGUGGACGCCUUGGACAAAUUAGUGGCAAUCGGACAAUCCUUUGUUAUGUUCUGGCUUGGAGGACCAUUGGCCAAAGCCUUGGGUAUGGUCCUAUUGCAGACAACCCCUCCAAAGGCUCUUGAAGGGAUCGAAGAGGCUAUUCGCCAGCUUUCACUCUCCAAUCCAGCAAUACUUAGACUAGAGCGUACUCAUGUCUGGAGUAACACGUAUGGACAGUUGAUUGGCACAUUAAUUGUGAAUGUUACCAAAGGUGCAGAUGAACAAGCGAUCCUUACAAGUAUUCACCAGAGUUUACAAGCCUUCAUGGACUUGGACGCACAAUCUGAGGGCACUGGCGAGUUGACCGUGCAAUUGGUACAAGAUCAUUAAAUAUGUAUAUAUUUCUCAAGCUCCCAAUUUUCUACUCUGUGGUCUCCAUUCCUUUCCUUUUACUUGUUUCCCAGGACGAUGCUUAUGAAUUAAGAAU